AUGCCUGGGCCUGGACCCACACCACCAAUGCUGCUGAUGCUGCUGAUGCUCUACUGGCUGCCUUCGGGAGGUGCCCUGUCUUUGGCCCAGGAGCACCUCCCGGCCUUUCCGGGACCCUCAGAAGCUCGCUCCGGUACGGAUGUCUCCAGAUUCGAGGAGUUUCGGAAACUCUACGAACACUUGCAGACCAGGUUGCGGUUGAACCAAAGCUGGGAAGAUUCAAACCCUGACCGAGUCAUCUCUGAAGCUCAAGUCCGGAUACUCACUCCAAAGCUGCGACUUGGGCUGGGCGGCCACCUGCACCUGCGCAUCGCCCGGGCUGACCUGACGAAGGGGCUCCCCGCAUCCUUCCGCCUGCAUCGCGCGCUGCUCAGGCUGUCCCCGACGGAGCUGAGCUCGUGGGACGUGACGCGGCCGCUGCGGCGUCAGCUCAGCCUUGGAGGUUCCGGGGCGCCCACCCUCCACCUGCGACUGUUGCCUCAGAGGGACCGCUUGGCGGCGGCGUUGCCUUCUUCUGCACGUCCCCAGCUUGAGCUGCACUGGCGGCCACGCGCGGCCAGAGGGCGCCGCAACGCGCAUGCGCGCUCCAAGGACGACUGCCCCCUGGGGGCGGGGCGCUGCUGCCGCCUGCAAAGCUUGCGCGCGUCGCUCGAGGACUUGGGAUGGGCCAACUGGGUGGUGGCGCCUCGCGAGCUGGACGUGCGCAUGUGUAUCGGCGCGUGCCCAAGCCAGUUCCGGUCGGCCAACACGCACGCGCAGAUGCAGGCGCGCCUGCACGGCCUGAACCCCGACGCGACGCCGGCGCCGUGCUGCGUACCCGCCCGCUACGAGCCGGUGGUGCUCAUGCACCAAGACAGCGACGGUCGGGUGUCGCUUACGCCCUUCGACGACCUCGUGGCCAAGGACUGCCACUGCCUAUGAGCGGUCCUAGUCUUUCGCUUACGGCUCGUGCGCAGUGGAAGUGACCUCAGAGGUCCUUGCCUGUCGAAGGGGCUUGUGGGUCCUCAGAUACCCGAUUUCCCACCACUGCUAUCUACCCCGUCCCGCGGAGACCGCUGUAUUUAUGUUUGUAUUUAUUAUUAACUUAUUGGGGUGAUCUGCCUGGGGACUGGAGGGGCUGGUCUGACGGUGUGCAUUUAUUUAAAACCGUGGUAAUAAAAAUGAAGUUGUCUGACCCGA